GCUGUCGAGAUCUGCGAGAUGUUGCCGCUCCAAUUCGUUCUGCUGGGCUGUCUGUUCAUCGCUCAGGGGCUUUGCCACACAUUGCCAGAGCUCAAGGCGAGAUCUCCGCGAGAUACAUCCAAUAUACCCACCCAUUUGUUUAAGCCCGUGGGUGGAAAUUCAGGCAAUGAGAAUUUUUCUGGAAGAUCUUCGUCAAAUGGUGGAAAUCGCACCGCCUUCUCAAAUGGCACCUCCAAUGUUGAGUUUUUUGAGAAAUCCAGUGGAGAAGUGGAAGAAGUGACGGCCUCGUACGAAGAAGAAGAUGAAGUUCCUAGCCGACCCAUUCUAUUUAAACCUCAACCGUUCCCUCAGAACUUUCCAAGGACAAAUGGUUUACGUAGACCUGUAUGUGUGCCCAAUUUCCCUACAAACCCUUCGGAUUUCAAUGCAGGUCCCAGCGGAAGCCGUUUUAUGAGCUCACCGUUUUUCAGGGACAGUGCUCUUCAGCCUGUUCUCGAAUCCCAAUUUCGAAACCAAAACUCGGGUUUUCCGGAUUCUGGGUCGCUAUACGGAGAAGCGAGAGGCAUUACGACUCCCCUAAUUUCUGGAGGUGACAUUUUCGUUCCGCAGCGACGUCCAAAUGGUCCGGGUAUUUCUGAUUCUGGGGGGCUAAGCGCUACAGCGAGAGGCAUUGUUUCCCCCACAAUUAUUGGAGGUGCUAUGUUCGUUCCACAGCGACGUCCAAAUGGUCCUAGGGACUCAUCGGGCAACUUCUACCGCUCAGAGUCGUAUAGCUAUACCUCGGAUGGCCGAGGACCUCCCCAGGUUCAGCGGGAUGUGUACGACUCCCGGGAUGGAUUUGGAUCUUCUUUCCGCAACUUUUAAAGCAACGUCAAUCCAAAAAGCCUUUUUAAAUAGUCUGUAAAUUAAAGGUCGUGCUUCGUAAUAGAAACAAGUGGAUUUCCCCUUCCCGCUGAUAGCUGAUAGGUAACUGAUUUCCGAUUUCCAGUAAAACUAGUUGAAGCCAUCUGAGAUUAGCAUAAUCAGUAGUGAUUUGCAAUGGGAAUAAGCGGGAGCUUUUAUAAUAUUAUAAAGACUUAUUUGACUUAUUUAUUAAAAUAAAGGUAAAAAUAAAAAUUAAAA